CGGUGUGAAGGGCUUUCCUUCUUCCUUCCUUUCUUCCGUUCUUCUUCUUUGGCAUUCUUUGUCUUUUGUGGAUGGAGUUGGUGAUCGAUUUCUUUCUUUCCGCUGUGACUUGUUGCGCAGGACUUCUUUUUCAAUUUGGGGUUUGUUGGAGAUGGGAUUAAGAUCGAACUCGGUUGGAGUUUGGUGGCUUUAUUUGUUUGGUCUAUGUCCAUUCGAAAUUUCCCUUCUUUUGCCCCCUCCACAUUCUGUGUUUGAGUUGGGAACCCGAUUCCGAUGAGCUCAUAGGACGACAGGACAAAGCUCUCUUUCCCAUUUCUUUCUUCUUUUUAUUUCCCCUUUAUCUUUGUUGUUUCUUUUAUAUGGUUUUGUCUUCAUCUCCUUUUGUUCCAACUCAUUCUUGUUCAUCUUUUGCUGCUUUUCGCUGAUGCUUGUAGUUUACUCGUUUCUGGUCUCAGUCCCUUCGCCAAAUGCCAACGCUGAGAGAUUAAGCUGCGCCUAAGCCGAUAAAGAGAUUGUUGAAAACCCGCAAGGGGAAACAAAAACCUCUCAUUUGCCUCAAAUUAGGAAAAAAGAGGGCCGUCUUUCACGCGAUAUUCUCUCUCUUAUUACCGACCCUCUCUCUCUCUCUCUCUCUCUCUCUCUCUCUCUCAGAGUAGAUAUGGUGUAAAUCUCAAAGAAGCAUGCUUAAAAAUCCCUUCUUUUUUCCCGUUCAUCUGAUUCAUUUGGGCCUGGGUGUCGUUCUCCCACAGUGGCGAGAUGAGGUAGGCCGUCUGAUCGAUGAGGCCAUGCCGGGAUCAGGCGAGGACAGAGAGGGCUCGCGAGAUUUGAUGCGUCGAAGAAGCACAAUGAGUCGCUCCUCGCCUCUCGGUGCUUAGCAAUCACUUUCCCCUAAUUGCCCCUCAUCCCCCUUCUAAUUUACUUUCUGAGGGACCAAGAAAUCAUUCUGCGUUUCAAAUGAUAAUGGUGACUGUAGUAGUGGAGAUGGAGUAGAUGGGAAUUCGGCCAUGGUUAGGUGGAGGAAGCAGAAUGUCCGGGCUCCAAGGUGUAGGCUGAACAAUAAUGAGUCGUCUGACGAAGCAGGAAGAGGCAGGUCAGAGGGAGAGGAGGGCGAUUCUUCUAGGCCAAAUCUUAGUGCCAAUGCCACCACAAGUCUAAAUAGUAGGAAGAGAGUUAGGCUCCAUGGAAAGGUCGCUGAGGAUAGCAAUGCUGUUGAUACCGCACCCGUGCCGAGGAAAUUGAGAUCAGCAAUCAAUAAACGCAGCAGCCAGUCAUCGUCUCGUGCGAUGCGAGUCGAGGUGCUAUAUGGGAAUGGUGGUAGAAGAUGCAAACCGACCAUGCUGCUUGACUCAUUAACCAAGGAUGAAGAGGAAGUUGUGGAGGCUUUGUGUGCAUUAUCCAGAAUGCUACCUGUUGGCACCCGAGUUCCAGACAAAGAAAAUAAUGCUACUGCAGAUCCUCAUUCAGAAGCUCCAAAAAAAGAGGGUGAAGGACAACAUUUGCAACAAUGCAUCGCCAGUGGAAUUAGGGUUCCCUCUUCUUGUAUGGCAAAACCAUUAGAUGAAACAAUGGAGGAAGAAAAUGUCUUUUCCAAACAACCUCUCACCGUUUGCGCAAGGCAGACUAUCGAUUCAGACAUGAGUAGAAUUAAGGAACAUGGCACUCAUAUAACUCCAUUGUCCGAAAAUGAACCCCCAGAGAGUAGUGUCAGAUAUUUUGAAAAAAUUUCAAGCCCAUCAGAUGUUCUGCCUCACACAACUGGAAAUAGAGCACUGCAUCCGACUCAAUGUGAUGCCUUUACAGCCAUUCCGCCAUGCAAAUUAGAUAUGCUACAACCAAACGGACAUGUUGAAUCACCUGCACUGGGGGGGAAUAAAGUUCAGCAAGUGGAGUGUAACAGUGAAAAUAGUGCAAAACGUGUGUGCCAGGAAGGAAUUGUUCCACUGCAUAUCCAUCCUUCUUCAAGCAAUACUGCAGUUUGGCCAAGCUCUGCCACUGGUGCUGCUAGACUAGUUUCAAGCAGAAUUGAUCUUCCAACUAAAAAGGUUCUGCCUGAUGUAGUAUCGUCUUGGAAAAAAUGUGCUAUUCAUGUGUUCAUAGGCCAUCUUAUCAAGAACUAUCAAGAAAAGGAGGAGUGCAAGCCUUUACUGCUGUCUGAGGUAUCGAGGCCCAUGGAUGGGUCAAAAUUGUGUGCAACAGAAAAUGAUGAGAAAGUUGGGUUACAAAAUUCUGUUGCCGAGAGGAAUAAACACGAAGGAAGAGUUGAAGUUUUAUGUGACAGAAGAUAUAUGUCAGCUCAUCAAUCUUCAGUCUCAUCUGAUGCCAAGCAAAAGAAGGCCUGUGAUUUCGCUUCAUUAUCGGGAAAUGGCAAUGCUAGUAGUUUUGCAAACGGAGCAAAGUCUGCGGGGCAGCUUCGUUCUCCUUUUCUACAUGCGCAAGUUCCACAUCAUCCUCUUGUGCCAUUUCCUUUCCCUCAUGUGCCAUAUGCUUCACCUUACUCAGAGAAGCUAGCAGCUGCGACCACUCAACCGGUGCAGCUUCAAGUACCUAAUUAUGUAGGCCACCCAUUCUUCGGACCGCAAAUGGACGACACCAUAGGCAACAUGAGGCUGCAACAACAGUACCAGCAGCAACAGAUAUGGCAGGCUCAUUUCGCCCAAUACAGAUCCCCCCUUGUGGGCAUUGCAGCGCUGCAGAACGAUCGGCUACAUGACUCAUCUGCUUCCACCCAUCGAAUUGUUCAGGCUUCAUCAACUCUCCCAUCUUCCCCACCUGUACAAAUGCAAUGUGGAUCAUCAUCACAACACCAACUUCUUGCUAACGCCUCCUCAUCGUCGUCCUCCAAAGCAAAGCCUCACCAACAACCGGGAAGCCUGCGGGGCGGUAGAUUCCACCAUGAAGGCCCCCAUUCGGUCGCAGCUGCAUCACAACACCGGUCGAUCAUGAAGAAUGAUACAAUAGGAUGAGGAUGGAUAUUCAUCAUCACAGACUUGCCACCAUUGCAAGCCAUCAUCAGUGACAAGCAGGAUAACAGAUGCUGAUACUGAUACCAUCAAGUUGACGUGCUUCUGGUUCACCAGAAUCCUCUGAAGCAUCCUAAAAUAGGAAGACGACAUGACCAUAUUCACUAUGGUGUCAUGAACAUCGAUCUCUCUCUCGUUGGCUUCCAAUUGGGGACAGCAAAAUGUUGGAGAGAAAGAGAAACGGAAGCCUAUAUUUCCAUUGUUUAGCAGUGCAUUCUGAUGAGAGCCGGCGUCUGAGAUGUAAUGUAUUUUUGGGUCACUGAGAUCAUUGGCUUAUUAGUCGUCAACCAAGAUAUGAACGUGUACUUCACCAACUGUACAUUGUUAUAGCUUCUAACAACAUAUGAAGUUUUUGA